AAAUUAUAGUUUCGCAAGAGUGGACAAGCUGCUGCUCGGCCUUUCAAACUCUGCUGGACCAGAUUCAAAACUCAAGACAAGAUUCAGAUAUUAAGAGCCAGCGGGUGGACCAAACAUGCCCCCUGCAGCAGGAACCAAACUAGGCUACACACCACCAGACGGAGGCUGGGGCUGGGCGAUCGUCUUUGGUGCUUUCAUCUCAAUAGGAUUCUCCUAUGCCUUUCCCAAGUCCCUCACCAUCUACUUUAAGGAGAUUCAGGAAUAUUUUUCAGUUUCCUACAGUGAGAUUGCAUGGCUGUCCUCAGUCAUGCUCGCCUCAAUGUAUGCAGGAGGACCUGUGAGCAGUAUACUUGUCAACCGCUAUGGCAGCAGACCGGUAGUGAUGGUCGGUGGGCUCUUGGUUAGCGCCGGCAUGGUGCUUGCUUCUUUUGGUACGACUAUUGUGCAUCUGUAUCUUUGCGUUGGAGUAAUUGGAGGUUUAGGCCUUGCCUUCAACCUUCAGCCGGCCCUGACGAUCAUAGGCACCUAUUUCCAGGUCAGAAGGCCUCUGGCGAACGGGCUCGCCAUGACAGGAAGUCCAGUUGUUUUAUUCACUCUGGCUCCUCUCAAUCAGUUUCUGUUUGAUUCUUUUGGCUGGAGAGGUAGCUUCCUCAUCCUGGGAUCCAUUGUUUUGCACUGCUGUGUAGCUGGGGCAUUGAUGAGACCAGUCAACAAAAAUGCCCUAGCGAAACCAAAGACUGAGCCACCAGAGUGUAACGGGGAAGCCGCAGAGGAAGCUGCUCCUUCAGACACCAGUGCACAGUCAGCUAACCUUCUGACUGAAGAAAGCCAAGAUGAGAGCAGGAGUCAGGGCUGCAUACACAAAUUCAUAGAUCUCACCCUUUUCAAACACAGAGGCUUCCUCAUUUAUCUCAUUGGUAACGUGGUCAUGUUCUUCGGGUUUUUCGCGCCUGUGGUCUUCCUGGCUCCGUAUGCCAAACAUCAAGGGAUUGAUGAAUAUUCAGCAGCUUUCCUGCUCUCUAUUUUCGCUCUGGUGGACAUGUUUAUCAGACCAGCAACAGGCCUCAUCGGCAACACCAAGUUGAUUCGGCCGCGGAUCCAGUACUUUUUCAGUUUCGCAGUUUCAUACAACGGUGUGUGCCAUCUUAUAUGUCCACUGUUGCCUGGAUAUACAGGUCUGGUUGUAUAUGCUGUCUUCUUUGGGUUGGCAUUUGGGAUGCUUUCUGCACUGCUCUUUGAAGUUCUGAUGGAUCUUGUUGGAGCUCAACGCUUCUCCAGUGCCGUUGGACUUGUGACUAUUAUCGAGUGUGCACCGGUGCUUCUUGGACCUCCACUUUCAGGAGCUCUGGUUGAUAUUUUCGGGGACUACAAAUACAUGUACUACGCCUGCGGAGUGUUUAUGCUAACGCCUGGCAUAUAUUUCUUCGUCAUGCAUUACUACAACUACAAAAAGCUGGACGAGGAGCGGAGGCAGAGCGAGGCUGUGGAGAUGAGGACUAGCGAAGAGGCAGUGCAACUUAAAAUGAGCCAGGAUGAUAAAACAGCGCAUGAAACAGAAGGAUGAACAUGCUGACUAUGAUAUUAUUUUAGUGAAUAUAGAAAGAUGACACUACACAGGCUUUAGAGCACAACACACAGUAUUAUUGAUAGCAAUUAUUUUCUACCUUGGAAGAGAUUAUUGGACUCUUUGGACCUUUGCUAGAUAGAUCAACACUUGGUAUUUUAAUAGUUGUUUUAUAUAUGUUAUUAUUACAUUAUGUUUACUAUAUCUGUAAUGACCUUCAUUUAUAUAACAUCCAGAAAUGCUGCUGUUAUUUCCAAAGCAAUUACUGUAAUGGCUCUAUGAAUUUAUGUAGUUCCUCUGGUUUUUUUUCAGUGGCUGAAUAAAAUGUCAUUUUCCUGU